UUGCAACACGUCAGCUUUUUGUUCCUUUUGAAAACCACCUGCAGAGAACACACAGAAGCCAACCUUCGCAGCGAAAACUAAGUCGACAGUUGCGAAGAACGAAGUAUGAAUUGCUGUUUUGAGCUGAGUCAAGCUCAACAUAUCUCACUCUCCGAAAUUUGUUUGGUAUUUCUUCAGAAUAUCUUUGGAUUCAUCCAUCGAUGAAAAUACGUCGAGUUUACGAACAACUUUUGAAGCAAGAAAAGCGAACAGUCCUCCGAUUGAAGUGUCUUUCUGGAGCAACAGCGUUUAUUGUCUUCUCUGUGUUUCUCAUGAUGUUUCUUGGCUUAGACGUCGUUCGAAAAAUAGCCAAAGGUUUCAGUUUUGAGAAAGGUGUGUGUGUUGUACAAGAAUCAUCUUUUACUGGGGGUAAUGUUAGCUGCGCAUGUGGGAUGCACACUUGUUGUAGUAAGUAUCCUUGUUUACGGGUUUUGGUAAAAAUGGCAGCGAAAUCGACUGAAGAUGUUGGAACAUCUCAGCCAGCCCUCCUGCAUAACACCAUAUACGAUUUGGGAUCUGAAUGCACCUACGGGCCUCCUUGUCAGCCAAAUUACUCAGACAACUUCGCAUCGGUGCUCAAAUACAAAAACUCCAAGGAAAAGCGAGAGAAUCCGGAAAGCUUUCAGUGCUACUUCAACCCGAAUGAUCCCACAGAGGUGAUAUUAGACAAAAGCGCCCAUGAAACGUUAGCGUUUCACGCUAUGUUUUGGCCAUGUAGUGCAUUCAUAACCGGUCUAUGCAUUCUGCUUAAGACAUACUACAUGAGGAAAGCUCACAAAAAGCAAGAUGUUGUAAGGCCACAGGACAUUGAACUUGAAGAAACACUUCACACUUCUAAUAACAACAUAUGUAAUUAUCAUUUGGUCAAAAGUUAUAGGCAAUAACUGAGAAAGCGUAUCAUACUAUCUCAUGAGAAAAAUAAAUUGCUCCAUAGCAGAGAACAAGUUUAAUAAUCUAGGAACAUUGAGAAUGUUUAAUUUUGUCUGUUUCAGUACUGGUUGUUCAUUUAAACCUUAGAGACCAAUAAAGACAUUUCUAUGAA